AUAUACUGGCGUCAGGGUUGGGACGGAACCCACGUCCUCCUGCAUGCCAGGCGAGGUAGUUAACAGGCCCAGCCGACAUAAGACGUUCAAAUUAAAGUCGUCUUUCAUGACAUUAACGGCGUAUUCACAAAGCAACAGCCGCAACAAAAACAAUCUCCGGCUUAAGGCCGCGUCACAUCCUCUUUCUCACAGUCACGGUCCUCCAGGGUCGGGGGGGAGAAAUAAUGACCGCAGUUAACUUUUUUUCCCCUCGCGAUUUCAACAGAGAUGCAGAUAACCUCCGCCUUUUCCGACAGCAGCGUACGAACCGCCAUUCUCUCUUGAGAAAUCAAUGCAAGGCACGCGUCCUUCCCCGUCGUGUAGUGACACGCAGCGACGACUUUCUGGUGGGUGUGAUGCGUUCACUUAGAGAGAGAGAGAGGAACAAAAAUAUAAUAUAUUAUACACGUUCGGAUUUUUUUUUUGUCAAGUGUCCCCAAAUCUGUACCCCCGCCCUAAACCACAUGUGUUGUGAGCUCGCCUUAUCCCGUGGGUUGUUCAUAAUGAGGGUGAUUCACUCUGUCACUUGGUUCCAGCUCUAGUGCAGGGCACACAGGAAGGCUUUCAUUUCUAGCCGAGUCGCCCUGUGCGAAGGCAAACCUUGAGCUUGUGUGAGGGAUUUCUGUGACGGCAGCAGUGGCAGCGGGCCUGGCCGAAGCUUUCUGAGCCCUUGCCCUCUUUUCUCAGCUGUCGCCUGCCACCGUUUCACGCGCUCAAGGGGAACUGCUUGAGUUUGCAAGGCGGGAGUCAUAUCCUUCGGGAGCCAGUCGCAGGCCAUGAGCGAGCGGGAGGGAGGCGAGCUCACGCCGCGCGCCACGAGGAACGGGUUCGGCUCGACGGAGCCGCCCAGCGGGCCCCCCAGGGCGACGGAGCCGCCCAGCGGGCCCCCCAGGGCGACGGAGCCGCCGGGCGGGGAUGGCGGGGUUGCCCCCGGCGAACCGGCGCUGCUGCCGCGCCCGCCGUGGAAGGGCAUCGGCGUGGAGCUCUUCGGCUACGUGGGCAUCGACGCGGUGCUGGAGCAGAUGAGACGAAAGGCCAUGAAGCAAGGGCUGGAGUUCAACGUCAUGAUCGUCGGUCAGAGCGGCCUGGGCAAGUCGACGCUGGUGAACACACUCUUCAAAUCCCGCGUCAGCCGCAAGUCGUGCACCCCCAACUACCAAGAGAGAAUCCUCAAGACGGUGGAGAUCCAGUCCGUUAGUCACGUCAUCGAGGAGAGGGGCGUGAAGAUGAAGCUCACCGUUAUCGACACGCCCGGGUUCGGGGACCAAAUAAACAACGAGAAUUGCUGGGAACCCAUCCUCAAGUACAUCGGCGAGCAGUACGAGAAGUACCUGCGUGAAGAGGUGCGCAUCACCCGCAAGCGCCACAUCCCCGACACGCGUGUGCACUGCUGCAUCUACUGCAUCCCGCCCAGCGGCCACUCGCUGCGCCCCCUGGACGUGGAGUUCAUGCAGCACCUAAGCAAGGUGGUGAGCGUGGUGCCCGUCAUCACCAAGGCGGACACGCUCACGCUGGAGGAGCGGCAUCUCUUCCGGCAGAGGAUUCAAGCGGACCUGGUGGCCCACGGGAUCGACGUGUACCCCCAGCGUGAGUUUGACGAGGACGAGCAGGGCCGGCUGGAGAACGCCGAAGUGAGGGAAAAGAUUCCAUUUGCGGUGGUGGGAAGCGACCGAGAGUACCAGGAGAACGGCAGACGAGUGCUGGGACGCAAGACUCGCUGGGGCCUCGUAGAAGUCGAGAACAUUAACCACUGUGAGUUUGCCCUGCUGAGAGACCUCCUCAUCAGGUCACACAUGGAGGACCUCAAAGACGUGACUCACAGCAUUCUGUACGAAACGUACCGGGUGCGGCGCCUCAACGAGACCAACGGCAUGGCGGCCUGGAAGUCUCCCUCCAACGGCCACCGGGAGAAGGAUGGCGGGGACCUUGCGGAGAGCAACAUCUAGACCUCGAGUCGCCGCCGGACAUUUUUAAUCGCACGCGUUCGUCGCCGAGGAGCGCAAGUGACAAAUGCUGGAAGCCCACCACCACCACCACCCACCCACCCACCCCAGAAGCAGUGCCAAUUCUUCAGCCGCGGUCUGAGGGAUACCAGGGCCGUGUGCUCACAGCGGGCAGUGUUGCGGGUUCUUUUGAGCGCGAUGAGCACUGGCAAUGGGAGUCGAUGGGGGAAAAUGUGAUCCGAGGUUGGUGCACUGAACAUCUGUGACAGAUUUCAAGAAUAUCAAACCAGACGGCUUAGGAAAUAUCCGAAGCCUCUAACAGAAAUGCGUGAGUGUCGGAGCAGAAAAAUAUGAUUUUCAUGCAAACUAGAAAAAUGUCAAGAUAUGGAAGAUUUCUGUUCCUUGGGGGCAGUUUAAAUGGGAAUAUCUUUGCCUGUCCGCCAAAGUUAUGGACAUAUUAACAAAAAAACCCAGCCAGCUAUCUGAAAUGUCAAAAUAAAAUACUCUUUUCAACCAUCGACUGCCCAUAAACGCCAACAAUGCAAGUGCAUAUUUUCAGCGGUGACCUAAAAUAGUCGGAGAAAAGACAUCUCUCGAUCUGACCUUUUUUGGCGAAAGAGCUCGCAACGAAAGCAAAGAAAGUGCCACCGAAAUCUCACGCAAAACAGCGCUUGUUAUUUCAUAAGGAAGCACGUAUUUUUCGUACGCUUAAAACAUGCGGAAUUAAAUAACGCCACGGCAUGUGCAACACUAAACCCUUUUGGGAACGAGGAUGAGAUUAAGAGGCACUGACGUUAAACGGAGUUAAACCAGCGUAAUUACACGCCAAGGUGUCACAUUGGAUUUCCCCUCCCCCCCCCCUGCCGUGGCGACGCUAAGAGUGGAGAGGGUGAUUUGAGCUGGCUCGGUGUUCAAACGAGUUCCCAACAAAGUGACGUUUCAUCGCUUGCUCCGGCGGAGGCGUCGGUGGAAUUAUAUUUGGAGUCUUGAGCGAGCAAGAUGGCGAGCCGUUUAACGAGCCGUCUUGUGAAAUAACAAAACAUGUAAAAGGUUUAUAACCAUCGCAGGUAGUCUCCGUUAAGUAUAUCCGUAACUUCUGAUUGAAAUGAAUAAUUAAUUGUACGUUGAAGCUUUUCUUUUCUAACAUCAUGAGCUCUUGGAGGAGUUAAAUCGUUGUCCCCGUGGGUCGAAUGUUGUAUUUGUUAAGUAGGCUCGCGAUUGGAGUAAUGAUCUUUAUUCGAGCUCUAAAAGUCUCCAAUACGGCGAAGUCACUGUUUCAUAUAUUUUUAUAUUUUAUUCAGAUAUGCAUAGUUGAUUGGCAGGUCGCAGCACAGGCUGGGCUUAAGUGUGGCUACUCCCACCUCUUCCAAGAGCUCCUUAUAGUGGACGCCCUUUGGUCAGCAGUGGCCUGAGAAAGCAAUUGCAGGGGCUGCACCUUUAUGCAUACGACUUUAAACAUUGUUUAAUGUGACCACUAAAACUGUCUGAGCUGAAGCAUUUCCCCCUUUCUUGUUUUUUCGCGAAUUCGCCGUCACAAAUGCUCGUGUCUGCAAAGGGCAAAUGUCAUUUCACCCGUUGGUAUGAACGCUUUAGCAAGUGCCAAAAUGAAUACGGCACCGUAUUUGCAUUGUGCGCAAAACAGACGGUCGACCAUACAAAAAAAGUGAAAUGCAAGCUGUGUAAACUACGCGGACCGGAAUUUUCCUAGAAAAUUUCACAAUGCACGUUGAGAUGGGAUGGAUACAGAUUUUAGUUUCACCGUCUUAGGCAAAUACAUCCCUUCACAAUAACAUUCCUGUUUUGACAUUUGCCAUGAUUGAAUUCUCUCUUUGAAACUAUUUUUUUUGUUGCUGUUUUGUAAAGCGUGGCUUUUUUCUUGUAGCACGGUAAUUUUUGCGGACGUAUGUCUACGGAGGUAUGUUUACUUCUGUAAAGACAGCGAAUUAAGUUACAUGAGCAAUUUGAACAAUUGAAUGCAACCGGGAGGAGUGUGUAAUGCAGAGUUCUCGAGCAACAUUUCAUUGACGGAGUUGAAUGGAAGAAGGCCCAUGAUGUCCAGCAUCUUUAAGAAAUGGCACGGGGCACGCGGAGAGAAAGAGAGAGUUUACGUCAUAUAUAUAUGUUUUACUUUCAUUCAAACUACAGCGCGUGCACGCAUAUUUACGCCACCAAUUUCUCGACGAAGUUUUGCCAUUGUCAGCGGCUAACAUUUAAAGAGUAUCUCCCUCCCGUGAUUUUCUCACAAUUCACAACGGACGGCGGUAAACGGUGAAAGGGCAACACUGUCUGACGGCAACUCUGAUCGUUCUUGAAAUGCUCUCUCUCUCUCUCUGUUGCGUUCUGCCGAUGGUACUGCGCGCAAGCCAUCAUCAGCAUCAUCAUCAAACUCUGUGGGCAGAAGGCCCGUUCGUAGGUGUCCACUGCAGUUUUUUGCGCAAGUACAGCAGCCAAUAUUCACGUUCAGCUUCCUCGCUAAACAUCACGAGGAUUAUUCCCCCCCCCUCCCCACCCCCGUGUCAGCAUUUCUAAUGAAACAUUUUCUGUUGUUGUUUUACAAAGGGGAUGAAACACACAUUUUUUUUGUAUGAUAACAUGUUUUAUAUAUAUGUAUGCUCAUGCAUAGGGGUCGUGCGUGAUGUUCGCUCGCAAUAAUUCAUUUAAAAUAAUUAAUUAUUACGAAUUUAAAAAAAAGUAAUACAAUUAAAAAUAGCUGCAGGCCUUUUUUUAAGGGGGGGUUGAAAAUUCCUAUUAAAGAGAUUUUCUUAUCAAAUAUAUUUUUAAAUGUAUACGACUCGGUGCUUUGUUGUUGUGUAACCUCUGUAAUUUGAAGCAUAUUGGUUAGUAAAGCAUCAUUUAACAAAAACACGUUGCAUAAGUCGCACUGUGAGUCCCCAUUACGAUGUAUGGUAUAUCAUUGUUUUUACGCUAUCAUUGUGAUGUUAACGAAUGUUAUAAAUGCAUCUACCUUUCUUUGUCUGAAAAUAACCAAAUGACAACUGGCUUCCCAUUAGUCGUGACCUUGCCAACUUAAGAAAAUCUAUACGUCUCAAUUCAUACAACAAAAGUAUCCCAUGUAACAUAGAGUGUAUAUCAGUAUUUUAAUUCUGACUUUUGCCACGUUUAUAGCACAGGUAUACGUUCACGGUUUUUUUCCUUCUUCUUUCUCCCUAAGGUUAUUUGCACUUUCUUAAAGGCUUUGGCCAGGCCAGAGUGAUGGAAUGUUGCUUGGCAUUUUUCAGAGCGAAUAAUGCCACCUGCUGACAGCUUAAAAUAAGUUCCACGUGGCAGGACCAAGAAACGCCCAUGUGCAAACUGCCCGAACCCGAGGUGUACAACACAGGCCGCUUCGCUACAGGUAUACGUGCGUGGUCGAAUAUUUAGUCCAAAUUGUACAUACGCCUCGUUGUGCCACCGCCACGUACUACUUCUGACAAAUGUACCUAGCAAACGCAAAAAGGUCCGAGCCUUCCCUUGUCCUCGACAAUGCAAUUGGCCGUCAAUAACAACAAUGCCGUUCGCUCACUCGAGAUGCACGGUGAGUUUGGUGUCGGCUUGGCGGCUGGUAUGGAGGGCGGAUGAUCCCCUCGCUACGGGGGAUUUGCCCUGGAAAUUAAGCCUGCAAAUUCAACGGUGCACCGGUGAGCCACCGGCAGUGCAGGGCAAACUGCAGGCAUGUUUUCGUGCUGAGGAUUUUAAAUCGGCAGGAGCGGUUGGGAGGGGGGGGGGGCGGUGUAAACUGGCCAGGGCCGAUGUGUGGCGAGCCCAAGUCUCUGACAGCUUGUACACACGCCCGGCCCAUUAGAUGUGUAAUGAGUGUAACAGCAGAAAUCCCGGCUCUGCCAAGACACGUCUGCGCUCCGUGGAGUUGUUUUGUUCCUUAACGAAAUUGAAGAGUAGUCUUGGUUCUUGCAGUCACGAAAGCUUUAAAUCAAAAUGAAAUUGUAAGAGCUUUGAUUUUUUUUUCUCUCUCUCUCUCUCUUCUACAAUUUGCCCUUUUUUUUGGCAAUUUUCAAUCCACUGCUAAACGUCCAUACACGAACGGGUUUAAAGACCGUCGUAGAUAGCGGCGGUUCGCCGAGUGGGCGGUAACCAGUCUAGGCCGCGCGAGCGAACGCGCGUGCACGCGUGCGUGCCAAAGAUACGCGCGAUCAACGUCGAUCAUUGUGUGUGCAGCAAAUUUUUUGCCAAUCCACAGUGACAAUGAGAGCCACCACCCCCCCCGUCCCUCCCAAACCGUGCACGCGUUCGGGCUGGUGGAAGGCGUGGGGCAUAGACGCGGCAGCGUGGUAGAGUACAACAAUGGAUUUUAGUUUGUUGUUUUGCCGUAGUGCCUUUCGCUGCCCAACGUUGCCCCUGAUGAACGAUACUUACGCGAAUUGCCAUCGAGCCAGCAGCAUUAUCAACCGGUGCAUCGCGGAUCACGUAGCAACAUCCCCCACCCCACACCCCCGCGGUGUUACAGCCACAUCGCGAUGGACGUCUGUCAAAAGGAGCUUUGUAGCUCCUCCAGCAUGAAUAAAUAUUCCGAUUCUGAAAUAGUGGUUCCCUCCCUCGAAAUAUUCCCUCCCAAAUGCCCCUUAAAUGUGGGUGCGGUGUCAGUGUAGUCCAUUCGGCGCGACAGAUGGCUUAAUUCACUCACCUGGAGGGCAAGUGAUCCACAUGUGCUGUACAUAGGGUAUACGCAAAACAAAAACAAUGUAUUUGCUUCUUUAUCCGUGCAUAGUUUAACGAAGCAAUUAUGCAAAGGAAUACUAUUGCCACCGGAUAGUCACACGCGUCUCACUUUGUUGCGUAUGUACUUUAAGUAAGGCACGAUAUGACGUUAAGUACCGUGUUAGGACACUCGCUAUAUCGACACCGGCACAUUGCAUUAGAGGUCACGCAAGUUUGUCCAGCGCUGAACUCGGAUAUUUACGUCUGACUAUAACGAUUGCAUUUAUUUGCCAUUGAAUAUUGAAUUAUUCUGUACUCCCGUCUAAAAGUUGUGUUCCUGCUUGAAUUACAGAGGCUUAUGUGAUUUGUCUUUUUUGUAUGGAAGGAGAUGAGUUGGAGGGCCGGUGGCGGAGGGAGGGGGGUAUGGGAUUGAUGUUUUGUUAUAUUCAUCAACUUUUUUUGUCUCGACGUACAGUUAAACCCGCGAUCGUAAGCAAAAAAAAAUUUGGUUCACAUUUACGUUUAUAUAUGAAAACACAAAUAAUGAAUAAAUAAAAUUCUGUA